UGUGCAGAAACCAAACGCGCAGUUAAACGCUCCGUAAGCAGCAGUCAGCUGGAGCUGCUGUCAUUCAGCUUCAUGUUGGUACCUCCGUGGCUAGUUAACAACAGGGCUGUGAGAUAAAUCUUUUUAGUGCUGCAUUGUCCCAAACGUCUUUUUGCCUGUUUUUUGAGAAGUGAGUUCGUCUGUAAAGUCGUGAUUUGUGGCAGUAGCUGACACGGAGAGGACGACGGUGCUAAUGCUGGUUAGUUAGCUCAUGUUAGCUUGGCAGCGCCAUGGCCAACAGAUGUUUCCCAGAUGAUGUAAGGCAUCUUUGCCUAUAGAGCCGAAGAUGACUGAAGUCCAGGCCACAGUGGAGUUCUCUGUGGAGCUCCAUAAAUUCUACAAUGUGGACCUAUUCCAAAGAGGAUUCUAUCAGAUUCGCGCCAGUAUGAAGGUGCCACCAAGGGUUCCACACAAAGUCGAGGCCAGUCUACUUCACCCAGGAGGCUCAGAUUUGGCUUUCCCUGCUUCAGUGCAAGAUGAUGUCAUCUGCAGUAAAACAUUCCAAAUUCUGUAUAAGAAUGAAGAGAUUGUUGUCAAUGAUGUGCUUCUCUUCAAAGUGAUGAUGCUGCUGGAUGAGAAGAAGGUGGAGGAGUCUCUGAAUGACAUGGAUUUCCAACUGUUCUUGGAUUUGUACUUCACAGAUGGUGAUUACACGCCAGACGAUCCAAGCUCUCUCCAGAGCAUCAGUGGCCGCACACUUCGUUUGCACUUUAGCCUUCAGCGAGGCAUCCAUCAGCACGUCAAUGUCAUGUUUGACUAUUUCCACCUGUCUGUCAUCUCUGUGGACAUCCACGCAUCUCUUGUGGCACUACAUCAGCCUCUCAUCAGUUUUCCUCGACAAGCAAAGCCCACAUGGCUUAAUCGCAAUGCUCCAGCACAGAGUAAAGACUCAGUCAUCCCACCUCUAGAGAAUGUGGUGUUUGGCAGCAGUUAUGUAAAGCAGGUAUCACCAGAUGGCAGGACUUUCCUGGUGUCUGACCACUGUUUGCAGCAUGCCUACAGCCUGCACCACAACCUUUGCUCUAAUCUCCUAGUAGCCUACCAGAGCCUCUUUGACUACUUCACCUCUGUCACCAAGAAUCUGCCCUCCUCUCAUCGUGUGGAACUAGCCAAGCCCAGCAUGCAAGUCCUUUAUGAGAGAGUACUCAGAAGACCAUAUCCCCGAAGCCAAAGGCACGUCUACAUAGAACAACUUGACUUGGAAGCUCGUCUAGCUGAGUUAUGUGAUCAAGUAAAGCAGAAAGCAGAGUCCCCUGACGAGCUUGCAGAACUGGUGAAUAUGAAUCUGGCUCAGCUCUGCUCUCUGCUCAUGGCACUUUGGGGCCAGUUCCUGGAAGUGGUGUCCCUACAGGAGCAAGUUGCUGCCUUACUAGCCAUGGAGCAUCACACAUUAAGAGUGAGGCGGUUUGCAGAAGCCUUUUUUUGUUUGGAACAUCCAAGACAAUCUGCAUUGGCAUACCAAGAGCUGCAUGCUCACAGCCACCAGCAGAUGACUAAUGCUAUCAAAAGCUCCAGCUACUUUUUGACAUUGCCUCCUCUUCCAGUGGAAUGUGCUGACCUGGAUGGUGAUGUCAAUUUGCUGCCAAUUAUCUUUGAGGAUAGAUACCUUAGCUCUAUCACCGAAGAUCGGGAUGGACCAUGGCUGGGCAUGAACAAUACAAGGGCUGGAACAGUGACCAGCAGGACAGACAAGCCCCAAUCCAAAGAUUGUGUUGCAUCAGCCAGUCUUACACCAGAGAAUCAGUGUCCACCACUAGAUGUCCCCUGUUCAGACAUCUAUGAUCCACCACUUAAGGCCAAAGGCAAGUCUGUCAAAAUGAAGAAAAACUCGAAGACUGAGAAUUCCAAGAAGCUUAUAAGACAAGGAUCCAAGGACUCUGUAGUUCUAGUAGGCUAUAAAAACCUCAAAGCACCUGAGAGCGAAGCGAGCACAAAGUACAAGGAAGAAGAGUUGCCACUAAAUCAAGAUGAAGGUGAUUCUUUGCUGGGAGAUAUAAGUAGCUAUUUAAGGACUCAUACCCAUUCUGUUUAUGAUUCUGGUAUCACACCAGCAGAUUUUGGAAAUAUCUCUGUUCAGCCUUUUGCAGAUGAUGAUAUAACUACUUCUCAACAAGAUUUCUUUAAAAAAUUUACAAGUUUGGAUGUACAGGAUAAUCCUCAGGCAGGCACUGAGGUUGUAGGGGCAAGCAGCCAAUCAUUUCACAAAGAUGCACCUGUUGGCCAUUGUGGCGAAAGUCCACUGUGGCCUGCUGCGCUUAGGCAAACUGAGGUGAAGCAAAGUACUAAGGAGCUGCACCAAGGCAACAAAGUUACAGUUUAUCCACCAUACCAGACAGAUGACUCUUUGAGUAGCAAUGUUCCUGAGAUUACCCAGACAGAUCUCUGUUAUACUGAAGAGUUAUUGGUGGAGAGGCCUGGUAAAGACGCAGUAGAAAGUAGCCACUCUUGUCUGGUCUCACUGCAGGUAAAAAGUGACUGUAUCAGGCAGCCCGAUGGAGGAGGCCCCAGUGCCUCUUCCCGCCUCUCGGACUCAGGUAUUGAAAGUGAGCCCAGCUCGUUUGCUACUCAUCUUGUUCCAGGACCACAAAGUUCUGCCGGGCUAGGUAUUACCGAAUCUGUUUUUGCCUCAAUGCAACCAGAGAGACCCCUCCUGAGCGCUGCUCCACAGCUUGUUCAACAAAGCUCAGUGCAAAAACCCAGUGGGGUGGCAGAAAUACUUUACCCAGAGAAUACCAGCACUGUUAGUGGAGUCCAGUCCUCUCUCACUUCCAUCAACUCUCUGCCCUCAGAUGGUGAGGAUGACAGUUCUUCUAAGGGCUCCACUGGUGUAGAUACCAGAGGCAGGAAGUCCAGUAUCUUGGUGCAAGAUCAGAGUUUAGUCUUCUCUGGAGAUUAUGCAGACAGACCUGUUAUUGACCCCACAUUACACAGUGCUGUGCCACCCCAACCACACCUGAUUGUGUCUUGCAAACCAGACAUUGUUGCAAGUGAUUGCCAGCUUGAGAAACUUGCUGCUGCUUUGCAUGUGGAGCCACAGUUGUUGGACAUUUCUGAACCUGGACUAGAGGGAGCUGCUGGCCCUGUGGCUGUUAAAGAAUCACACAGUGAACCACACACUGCCUGCCCCUCCAGUAACUCUGCCACAAGUAGCACUGACCUGGUCAAACGUGGGAUGGUGGAAAACUAUUUUGGUUCACGUUCCAGCACAGAUGUGUCUGAGAUCAGUCCUGUAGAAACAUCUGCUGUCACACUGGGAAUCCACACAGGACCACAGGCCGAGGAGGAUGAGACUGAGCUUGAGAUGAUCGAGAAUGGUUAUUAUGAGGAAGGUGAUGGUUAUGCUUUCAUGAAUGGUGUUGCUGAGGAGGACAGUGCGAUUGGGGAUCCCAUUAUUCAAGAGCCAAGGCCUUUAUUUGAACAGCUUGACUUUGGCUAUCUCCAAGAACCACAGGACUCAAGAGUGCCAAUCUGUUCAAACCUAGCUUCUUAUUGUGCUGGCUAUAGCUUGAGAAGACCUGCCUGUCCUUCUACCUCUCUGUCAUCCAGCCUGCAGUGGUAUGAAUGUGCACCUGCAGUACAGAUGAAAGCGUUUGUCAAAGCCAAGGAAGAACUGAAACAGCUCAGACUUCCUGGAUUCUUGUACAGUGAGGUGCCUGAGUUGGCAUCCACUGUGCCCUACUUCAGUCUGGAGGAAGAUGAAAGCUGUGAAGAGGGCAUUCAUCUCAUAGUCUGUGUUCACGGACUAGAUGGGAACAGUGCAGACCUGAGACUGGUGAAGACUUACUUGGAGCUGGGGCUGCCAGGAGCUCGCAUAGAAUUUCUCAUGUCUGAAAGAAACCAGAAUGACACUUUUGCAGAUUUUGAAUCAAUGACAGACAGACUAUUGGAUGAAAUAGUCCAGUAUAUCCAGAUCUACAACCUCACCAUCUCAAAGAUUAGCUUUGUGGGUCAUUCUUUGGGGAACCUCAUAGUUCGUUCAGUGCUGACCAGGCCCAGGUUUAAAUGUUACCUAAGCAGGCUGCACACGUUCCUUUCCCUCUCUGGCCCUCACCUGGGCACACUGUACAACAGCUCUGCUCUGGUCAAUACAGGCCUUUGGUUCAUGCAGAAGUAAAAAUCAGGGUCACUCCUCCAGCUGACAUGUCGUGAUCACUCUGAUCCUCGCCAGACUUUCCUCUACAAGCUCAGCAAGAAAUCUGGUCUGCAGUUUUUUAAGAACGUAGUGCUGGUUGGGUCACUGCAGGAUCGCUACGUCCCGUAUCAUUCUGCUCGAAUAGAGAUGUUGCAAAACUGCAUUAAAGGACAAACAAAACAGGUAGGUCCUGUGUAUGCUGAGAAUGAGAACCUGCUGCUGUCAGUACUUCACAAAGACUGUAAUCUCGUGCGAUACGAUGUCAUUCACGCCUCCUACCCCAACACAGCCAACUCCCUUAUAGGCCGAGCCGCACACAUUGCUGUCCUUGAUUCUGAGAUCUUCCUGAAGUUCUUCCUAGUUGCAGGCCUCAAGUUUUUUCAGUAGAAUUAAGGCAGAAUUGAAUGGGAGGUGUGUCGAGCUCAUGUCUCGCUGCAUACGAACCUUUAGUGUUCUCAGAAUUUCACUUGGU